GAGACGCACACACUCGCUCUGUAAACCCGUUGGAUGAACUUAAGCUUGAUUAAUGGAUUAAUGCUCCAGACAAAAAGUUAUCAGAAAACGCAUACUAUGAACUCCAGAUGUCAAUGUAUUGGAAGAAAACACCCACCCACCCACGACGAGUGAGUCACGGUUUAAAGUAGCUGAAUAAGCGAGCGCCGGUGCGGACGGAGAAUCUGCGUUUUUUGUUUUUUUGUUUUUUUCUACCUCUUUCUGGUACUUAAAGCGCUCUCCAUCUGUGGUUUUUAUGGGGAAGAGACGCGCCGAGCUCGAGCCGCCUCACGGACUGACAACUGCUGCGCAAGACGCUGGUACCAGAUAUGGAUAGCGCGCGGGAUACCUCUGGACACUGGUGCGCAUCUUCAUAAAGUGCGACGCUCUGAGCCUGACGAGGCUUCACAUUGUAUUCGUCUCAAGCUAAACUUUGAUCCAAACGGAAGACAAACAGUGAGCUCACUUAAAGACAAAAAAGAAAAAUAUUUUUUUUUCUCAAAUCUUAACGGGAAACAGUGAGGUGAGAGAAGAUGCGCGAAGAGGUCGCGAGGAGAUUUCAGAUGCUGCUCGUGCUCUGGUCGAUAUUUCUCGUCAGUUUGGGGGCAGGGUUUCCAACCAGACGCAAAAGUUUCGCCCACAGAGCUCAUGACCACCUAGGACAUAGUGGUGGGGUCCAGUAUGUCUCUGAGGCUCUGGAGCAGCAGAACCAGGUUCAGAGUCUUUUGCCUGUGCCUCACAGCCACCAGAGGCGAUGGUCUCACCCCCAACAUCGCUCUGUUGGGGUUCUUCCACAGCCUGAGCCUGAGGAGGAGACCAAACCUUUCAUCUUGGACCUGAACAACUUUCCAGACCUGGCCAAUGCUGACAUUAACUCCCAGAACCCCAACAUACAGGUAACCAUAGAAGUGGUUGAUGACCCUCAGAUGGAGGUAGAGAUGGACCUGGCCAGCGAAAAAGACUGGCUACCCUCCUCCUCCCCCUCUUCCACAGUAGAUUGGCUUGGAGGCAAGAAGCUUUUCUGGCCCCUCUUUUGGAGUUACACCGACACUGAUUCCAGCGAGGACAGCAACAACCGCUCAGGCGUAGAGGAAACUGGCGAGGAAGAGGGGGAGGAAGAUUACUCUUUGGAUUAUGGGAGUGAAGAGCCCUUACCCAGUGGGGUAGGCGGAGACUGGGAUACUCGCUGGAAUGAAGGCUCGGAUCCAAUGCAGAGCUACUACGAGAAGGACACAGAUGAAUGGACUCCUUGGUCUCCCUGCUCGGUGACUUGUGGACAUGGUGAGAGGAAAAGAACGAAGUCCUGUGGCUACUCCUGCACUCUGACAGAAGCUUCUAAGUGUGACCUGGAGCCUUGCCCUGGUGAUGUCAACACUGUAGUAGAGCCUUUUCCCUUUGAAAUGGAGAAUGGCACAGAGCCAUUUGGGACAGAUGUGGAUAGCUGUGAGAAAUGGCUCAAUUGCAAGAGCGAGUUUCUUCAGCGGUACCUCCACCAGGUUUUGUCUGAGCUGCCCAGCUGCCCCUGCUCCUACCCGUCAGAAGUGGCGUACACCGUGGUCAGCAUCUACGACGAGACUCACAAGCGGCCGUUCCGCUGGCGCGACGCCAGCAGCCCCAAAGAGCGACUGGACAUCUACAAACCUUCAGCCCGCAGCUGCAUUCGUUCGGCACUUUCCAGCGACUCCUCGACUCUUGCGGCGCAGCACUGUUGUUACGACGAUCGUGGGCAGCUGAUCACACGGGGGAAAGGCGCAGGCACGCCUAACCUGAUCAGCACAGAGUUCUCACAUGAGCUGCACUUCAAAGUGGACGUGCUGCCUUGGAUCCUGUGCAAAGGAGACUGGAGUCGCUUCCACGCGGUGCGGCCACCCAAUAAGGGAUUGAACUGCCCAGAAAACCCCCAUGAAGAUGUAUUCAUGAAUGAACUGGAGGAGGCCAGGGAGUACUGAGGGACCACAGCCAAAACUGUUUCAAUCAGAGAUCUACAGGUCCCAGUCCUAAUUUGAGAGGAGACAGUUUACCUUAAAUGUCAUAAAAUAACUCUUAAAAAACAACCCAUCAGCUAUUAAACACAUGAAAAAGACUCAUUUGGGUUUCUCAAUUAUGGUGCAGUGGGAUAGUCUCAAAUUAGGAUUGGGCACAUUGUCCUGAUUUUGAGCUAAACUAACUAGUUUUAAUGAAUGGACAUAAAAAAAAAGAAAAAAGGAUUGUUCUCUUGCUUGCUGACCUCUUACAUAUUUGGCAUUACGUCAAACUCCUUAUAUAUGCUACACUCUCCUGGGUGCAUGUAAGCAUGAUAUCUACCUACUGGCUUCUGUUAUGGUGUCCUGGAUCGCUUGUGGUUGGCAGUAGCAACAAACAGUCUACAUCGUGAUCGUGCUUUUUUUUUUUUACAGUAGGAAGUAGUAUAUGAAUAUUGGCUGGUUAUUUGGAGGAAACAAACACAGGUAUGGACAGAGUGGGCAGAGUCCAUCAGAUGAAUAUUCUUACUAUGCUGCUACAACAGAAAUCCCUCAGGCUUUACAAAGGAUUUAAGGGGAACAAGACAUGAGUAGAUCCAAAACAUACUUCAUGCACAUGGCUGGACUGGGAUGGGGGGAAAAAAUACUGGUGUUUUAAUUACUUGGCAUCAGUUACAGAAGUUUGAGUAUGUCAAACUGCUCCUCUGUCCACUAAUUUCUGCACCUGUUGGUAUGCUGGAUUAUGUUCAAAUAAGAAAAUGUUUCUCUGUCAUCCUUAAUUCGUAGCUGAUGUUAAAAACACAACUCCCCAGACCGAUUGUCAAGCAGAUAUUGAUUAGCAGUGGCUGCAUUCCGAUUGGUCAAACGGUGAAGAGGAGGAUAAAGCAGUGGAGUUGAGAUUUUUGCACAGUCAGGUUAAUUUACAAAGAACCAAAUUCAGUUAUUUACUCAAGCCCUUGUUUUGAGAAUGGUGCAUUAUACUUUAUUGUGCCACCUUAUGACACUAUAUUACUGUCAGUACGGAAGACAAAAAAACUGGUCAGACUUUGGCAAAAAAAAGAAGAAAAAGAAGAAAAAAGUUAUAUUGGUCCUUCAGGAAAAUGGCCAGUAUGUAAAAUGACCAAUCAAGCCUCCCAUUUGCUUUCACUAUCAUGUACAUUUCAGCCACUGCUUUUAAUGGCUACAAAUGCAAAUAGUUGUGAACCAGAAGGCAAAGAUAAAAGGAUUAAAAAACAUUUUAUCAUCCUUGUCAAGCUUGCCGAGGAGUGCAAUGAGAAUUGCCCUCAUGCAGUAAUGAUACAGAAAAAAAAACAUUUGAUUUGACUUGUUUCUCACACAAAUUGACUUCAUGUGUUUCCUCAAGUUUCCCUUUCACACACAGGAAAAUGUAUGAUCUGGGUGCCAAAGACAUAAAAAAAAAACUAAUCAAACUGUUGGUGCCAGUGUAAAUCCAGCCUGAACGUCUCUACAGUACAAAUGUAGGGAAAGAAAACCGUGAUUAGAUUGUGCUAAUAGAUACAAUGUUCUCAGGGGGACUAACUGACCAUGACAAACAAAUUUGGUCAUUUACCUCGUCAGCAUUCUGGAUCUUGUACAAAGUGUUUUGGAGUAAAGAUUAAUGGAAGUGUACUGGCUAUGUAAUCCGGAUUUAUAAGUGAUGAACAGAUAAUGCUUUUGUGCUCUUUCAGAAAGGAGUGGGAACUCUUAUAACUGAACAGGUGCUGAUGAAUUGUGUGGCAGAUACAUGUUGCUUUCAAGCUGUCGGUUUAUGAUCUUUGGGUUUAUGCGCAGAACUUCAUUGGAUAGAAAGGACAAUUCUUCUUAAAUAAGUCAGUGGCCGGUACCUUGGCUGAUGCAGGAUAUUUGUACUGGUAACAGCAACGAGUUGGCACUACCAAAUUUUUCAGAAUUUUAUCAUUAUGUACGGUGCGUUAGAUUGAAAAUGCUGCAUCUGACUUACUCACAUAACAUACCUAAUGGAUGAAUCCAAACCUUGUCCUUUCUCUCCAGUCUAAUUCUAUGGAUAUUUGCUCUAAACCUCUGUUCAGGAAUUCUGCAUCCAGAUGCAAAUAUGUGUUUGGAUUUUGGAAUCACCAAUUUCAAAGGAAGGCACUUUAUUUUUGACAUAAUGCUGAUAAAAGUGAAGUGGAGCUCACCAGAAAUGCUGCGUUAUUACAUGAAGGUGCAUAAUAUACAUAUAAAUGUUGAGAAAAGCAUGAUCUUUUUGUGAUUUCUGAUUCUAGUAUUACAUAUAUGGUGUUGUACAGUAUUUAUUUGUCAGUUCUCUCUUUUUUUAAGUUUACCGAAGCUUUGAAAUGACUAUAUUCAAAAUGGUGCACCAAUCAGAAUGAAAAAAAAAAUGAAGGCACACAUUAAGGAAGGGAAACCUCUUGCCUCUUAUCACUUCAUGCAGCAACAGCAGGUUUCUGUGUUUCAUUAUUUGU